AUGGAGGACGAGCAGCCCGACAGCCUGGAGGGAUGGGUUCCGGUCCGCGAGGACCUGUUCGCCGAGCCCGAGCGGCACCAGCUGCGCUUCCUCGUGGCCUGGAACGACGCGGAGGGCAAGUUCGCGGUGACCUGUCACGACCGCACGGCGCAGCGGCAGCGGCGGCGCGAGGGGAGCCGGCCGGGGUCUCCGCCCAGCUGGGCCGGCCUGCUCUCGGCCGCCGGGCUCCGCGGCGCGCACCAGCAGCUGGCGGCGCUGUGGCCGCCGCUGGAGUGCUGCUUCCCGCCGCUGCCCCCGGAGCUGGAGGCGGGCGGCGGCGGCGCCUGGGGCCUGUGGACGCUCGUGUGGCCGGCGCGCCCGGGCCCCGGCGAGGCGGCGCUGCAGGAGCUGUGCGCGCGGCUGGAGCGCUACCUGGGCCUGGCGGCCGAGGGCUGCGGCGGCGCGGCCGUGCGUGACGCGCUACUUCCGGCCGACGGCGGCGCGCCCGACUGCGAGAGCCCGCGCGCCUUCCGGGAGCGCGCCCUGCGCGCGCGGCUGGCGGAGGCGGGCGCGCGGCUGCAGCAGAUUCUUCAAGGCCAUGAAAGAGCCAACACCAUGGUGGCAUUAAUGGAAGUUUAUGGAGAAGAAGAUGAAGCAUACCAGGAAUUCGUUACCGUGGCAACCAUGUUCUUCCAGUAUUUACUGAAGCCAUUUAGAGAUAUGCGAGAAGUUGCAACUUCAUGUAAGCGUGAUAUUUUGAAAUCCUUGGAGGAGGACGAUCUGGGUCCUAAAAGGAUAGUGGCUCUGCAGAAGGAAGCCCAGGAGUGGGCCAGACAGGCUGACGAAGCGAUAGUCUCUAUUCAGGACAUCACGGUGAAUUAUUUUAAAGAAACAGUAAAAGCACUAGCAGGGAUGCAGAAACAAAUGGAACAGGAUGAGAAGAGGUUUGGCCAGGCUGCCUGGGCCACAGCCACUCCCAGGCUAGAAAGACUCAAGCUCAUGUUAGCCCGGGAGACGCUGCAGCUCAUGAGAGCCCAAGAGCUGUGUUUAGAUCACAAAAGAGCGGAGAUUCAGGGGAAGAUGGAAGACCUUCCAGAACAAGAAAAAAAUAUAAACGUUGUAGACGAACUAGAAAUAAAAUAUCAUGAAGUUCAAUUAGAACUAUAUGAGAUUCAAUUUGAGAUAUUAAAAUAUGAAGAAAUACUACUUAUUACACAGUUGGACUCUAUUAAAAGACUUAUAAAAGAUAAACAGGAUGAAGUUGUCUAUUAUGACCCAUGUGAAAGUCCAGAGGAACUGAGAGUCAUUGAUCCCGUGAAGGGGCUGCAGGACCAUAAGAAUUUGGAGCUGCAAGAGCUCAGCCGGCAGUGCCGGCAGCUGGAGUGUAAGCGGGGCCGGAUCUGCGCCAGGAGAGCCCAUCUCAGGAACAGAAAGGAUCAGUGCAAAGAAAACCAUCGGCUCCGAUUGCAACAGGCUGAAGAAAGUAUCAGAUAUUUCCAUCAGCACCAUAGUAUUCAGGUGAAAAGAGACAAGAUGAAAGAGCAGGAGCAAAAGAAAAAAGAAUGGAUAAGCCAAGAACGCCAGAAGACACUGCAACGAUUGAGAGCAUUUAAAGAGAGAUGCCCCGGUCGGCCUGCACCGAAAACCCCUCGCCCAGAACCCGAGGCUCCAAACCUGCCAGGUGGACUGCCCCAGCCGACCUCCUCCCCGGCCUCUCAGGGGAAGGCGCUAGUCCACCCGUCCUCCAGGAAAACCAGAAGUGCUCCCUCCUACGAAGUUAGCAACGUGAAACCCCCCAAGUGCCGAGACUGCCCUGGAAAUGUCCCCGUCCAGAUGGCUGUUCCAGCUGGAGACCAAACCCAGUCCAAACCCAGUGAGGAGCUGCCGCCGCCCCCGCCGCCCCCCCCGCCUCCCCCUCCUCCCCCGCCUCCCCCUCCGCCUCCACCUGCACCUCCGCUCCCUGCUUCCUCCUUUUCUUCUCAAUCUGCGGAUCAUCAUCGGAAUUCACACCUCAGGACUUCAGCACAAGGUGACCAGCCACUUCCUCUCGUGUGUGACUCGCCUGCGGAAAGGCUGCGUGACUCCUCAGGCCACGUUAAAUGCCCAGUUUCAGGGUCCAUGGACGAGGUGCUGGCUGACCUGAGGCGCGGCAGGACCCCGCUCCACAAGGUGGAAGUGCCCGCGCGGGCCCCUCCCUGCACCUCCCUCAACGAGCACAUCCUGGCGGCCAUAAGGCAGGGCGUCACACUGAAGAAAGUUCACCCCGACCUUGGCCCGAGCCCCAGCAGGAAGCCGGCCAGCGACCUGGAGAGGAGCAUCAAGGCUGCGCUCCAGAGAAUCCAGAGAGUGUCUGCCGACUCGGAGGAGGAGGAGGAGGACGAGGGGGACGAGGGGGAGGAGGGGGAGGAGGACAGCCCUGGAGAGUGGGACCACUAGCUCUUCUCCAGGCCGAGGGCGGAGUGAAGCCAGGGGGCCAGGCCUGCUGCUGACAAGCACGUGAUCAGGGUAGCGUGACACGGGACACGAGACCUGCAGGGCCGGGGCCGAGCGGCAGCUGCUGCUUCGUGUUGUGGCUUUUAGAACCAGGGAGGGGAGAGGCGGUGGCCGCACACACCAGGCCGUAGUCGGGAUCUGAGAACCCAUAGUGAGUAUUGCUGGCGUAGGAGAAUAGUAGGAUUUUUCACCGUGGAUGUUCUAGAUCAUUCCCUCAUUUGAAAACCGUUUACACGAUGACGGCAUGUGGUGAGCAGCACUAAUAGACUACUGACCGAGUCCUGUGCGCGUGUGGAGUGCUUUCCUCAGAUUUAAAGGUUGAAUGUGAACAUUAUUUUAGCAAUAAUCAAUAAAUUGCUUAUAUUUAGGAAAUAUUUUAAAUGAAAUGUAUUUUAUGUAUCAAGCACUCUAUAAACUCAUAAUAAAGGACUAUUUAU